AUGCAGACGAUAGCAUGUUCUACUGCAAACACUCGGAUGAAGAGCUCAAUCGAAUCACCUAAUUCUCCGGAGUACAGCCUUGCUUCAGGUCAAAGGAUAUAUUACCAAAAAUCAAGCAUCUAUUUUGGAAAAAACAUCCCAGCAGAAAGAAGAGAAGCCAUCAAACAGAAGCUUGGCAUUGAACAAACAGGAGGUGAUGGGAUCUAUCUAGGCCUGCCAGAAUCAUUUGGAGGGUCAAAAAUCUCGAUCAUGAGCUUCCUGAAGGAAAAAAUGGAGCUAAGGAUGAAUGGUUGGCAGAAUAAGGUCCUCUCCACAGGAGGCAAGGAAGUGCUCCUUAAAGUAGUGACUCUAGCACUACCAACCUACACGAUGUCAUGCUUCCUCCCCCCCAAAGACGAUAUGCACGCAGAUUGUCUCGCUGUUUUCAAACUUCUGGUGGAAGAAUAA